AUUUCAUACCUUUCUCGGCCUUUUGGCUCAGAUCAUGUGUAGUAUCUGUUCUUGUAAGUCUAAUCGCUUACAUGGUCCUCAUUGAGGACCUGCGAUUAACUUCAAUAUUUUGAGGGGGUGCGGUCAAUGGGUGCGCUUGCGCUCCCGACACACCAGCAUGGUUGCGGCCUUACACUACCGCCGUAGCCGUGCACCCUACCCAUUAACAUACGUUAUUGAUGCACGACAUCUUGCAACUUUUUCCUUCCUUCCAAUUUCGCACCGGCGAUGCUGUUUGUGCAGGAAUCCUCCCCCUGGAGAACAUGUGUGAGGCGGUGGCGGAGAGCGUAGACCAGCUGAUGAAGAUGGAGCCAGCCGUACGGGAUCUCGUGGCGUCGUACGACUGGACCCCACCUGCUACUGCUGCUGGUGCUACUGCUACUGCUGCCGUACAGCAAGGCGAGGAGGGGCAUCAGCACCAGGAGCAGGGGCAGAUGUUUGAGUCAUCAGCGGCAGCACCAGCGAACGGACAUCAUCAGUUGCAGCCACAAGAGCAGCAGUCGGUGUGGUCUUUCUUCGGGGGCGGGAGCACCGGUAGUGGCAACGGCGUGUUUACGAUGCCCAGUGACCGCUGCUAGAGGGCAGGGGAGGGAGAACGGACAGUGGGGCCGAGUUUGUGCUUUGCACGGGGUACCGGCGUACUAAAGCAUCACGGUAUUCGCUUUCAUUGAGCCCAAUGCCUGUGAUAAGCUUCUGAUAUGCGAGUCCCUGACCCUCCCUGUGGUUCGUGUCCUGACAUGCCAGCAGCCAUUUUGGCAUGGUGGUGUAGUGUUCAUCCACGUGCAAAAGAGCGUGCGUGUGAGGAAUGAGAGAGAGAAAGAAUGAGUACAGGGGGUAAACGGUGAUAAGGAGUUGCAACUACCGGUGUGGAGUUGUGACCCUUGUGUGACUAUUACCGGUCAGUUAUCCACCGGGUGCUGCUGCUGCAUGCGUGCUGGGGGGGGUUGUGUGGGGUUGUCGGGACUGCUGCACCGGUACCAGUGGAGUCGGCAGCAGCAGCGACGGCGAGGACGAUGUUAUGGAUGUCGUGAAGUGAGAGGAGGCGCUCCUUGGGGCUUUGGUUUAUCGACGCUAGCGCGCCAUGCUUUGGGGUACUGGGUCUCCCACACACCGGAAGUAACUGGGAAGUGUUUAAUUAGGCGGGCCACAGCGGGGGCGGUAGCGGCAGCAGCAGCAGGGCGUGCGACAGUCGGUUCCAGAGCUGAUGUGUUCCUACCUGCUGUGUUUUGCAACUCGUGCACGGGGUAUGCACAAUAAGGUGUAUAAUACCUGUUGUCUUGUGGGCGAAAUGAGAGGCUGCAUGGGCCUUCACCGUGAGGAUAGGAGCCGUGCAGUCCUGGAGGAUAGGAUGAACCCAACCGCAUGAUUUCAGUCGCGAGUCGCAGGUCGAAGUUUAGAUGUACAUAUAGCCGUAGGCGUGCAUUGCAUACCGGUAUCUUGCAUAUGAAGUAAUCAUGCGUCGAAUUUUGUGAUCCAGCUUUUGAUGGUGCAACCUGAGGCGUGGUAUGAGGUUAUCAGGACGUUGACGUGGCAAGACGUUGACGCAUAUACAUCCAGGAUACGAUACAUCCACGAGUAUUUGGUGAACAAUAGUGACAGCGAAAUGAACACAACUGUACGUACGGCAAUCCUAAGAUUCGCUGCAGGCCUGCAGCUACUGGUAUUGGCACGAUGCUUGACCUGAUCUCUUGAAGAAUCCAUCACCUUGUAAUGCCACGGUUGCGCCAACAUGCUGUAACACAC